AUGAAUGAAGCCAGCGUCUCCUCUAUUCCUUUGACAUAUGAAUCUGCCUACGGAAGUAGUGAAAUUACUUUUAAAAUUCUUGACUCAUAUGUUAACGAGUUGCUAAUCUUUGGUAUUGUUUUUGGGGUCAGGAUAGGUAUGGCAUGUAUCUGCCUUCCGGUCACAUUCUUAAUCACCAAAAACAAGAAAUCACCUAUAUUUGUCUUGAAUAUGGCUUGCUUGGUUGCACUUUUUAUUCAUUCCAUAAUGUACGUUUGUUCGUUGACUGACUGGUACAAUACUCUUGCUUAUGAAUAUUCGGGUUAUCUCUUAUUCAGUGGCUAUGCUUCCCAACUCACGGCUGCUACUAACACCGUGUACACUGUACUUAUUGCUCUCGUCGAGAUAUCGUUCGGCUACCAAGUAUUUGUCCUUUUCAGAUCGCCAAAAAAAAGAAUCCAAUACACCGGUUAUCUUAUUACUUUGGUGUCCGUUUUGUUAGGAUUAGCUACCGUUGUUCUAUACUUCAUCUACAUGGUAGUCGCAAAUAAAGUGGCUUUCGAUAACACUUUGAGCAUUCCUAAGUGGCUAGUUAAUACGCCUUCUAUCUGUUUUACAGCUUCUUCUUGUGUCACUUCUCUACUACUAGUCUGUAAAUUAGCUGUGGCCAUUCGUACUAGGAAGACAUUGGGGCUCAAACAAUUCGGUAUUUUCCACAUUCUUUUUAUUAUGUCUUUUCAGACUAUGAUAGUUCCAACAAUCAUUAUUCUUGUGUCUUACAACAAAAAUGGUUCCCAAAAUGCUCCUCACGCUUUAACUGCUAUUGGAACAGCACUAGUUGCCAUUUCUUUGCCUAUGACCACCAUGUGGGCCAAUUCCAUUCUUGACAGCUCUGUGCCAACUUCCGCUGCCAAUACUUAUUUGAAAACCAUUUCCGACACAAGCUACAGAAGUUACGGCAGCUCCUCUACUCCAACUUCGACUGGUGCUUUCACCUAUGAAAAUGAAAAGGAGGAUUUCAAUAAUACUGCAUUGACCAGUCCUCAAACUCUUAGAAACAAAGAUCAAGGUGAGGAUACUAAAUUCUGGAGACAGAUCGAAAUGUAUGCGGAUGAACUAGAUCCCAGAGACUUGGAAAACGGAGUUGAUGAGAAGCAACAAGCCAAGUGA